AUGUCGAAUGUUCUUCGGAUGUCUCUGGAGAGGUUCCAAAAGGAGCCGUUGGAGGAGAACAGGGAUUAUGUGGUACUGCAGCAGGCUCGGGACCACGCGGCAGGACAGCUGCCUGACUUGCGGUAUCUUUCAAAGCAGAUGCAACAGCUUUAUCAGCAGUUGGACAAGACAAGGAAUUACCAAGAGUUUGUAGACGUUCUGAUGAAGAACAAGCCUUUGUUGCGUGAGAUAUUUACCUUGGAGAAGAUGUCACAGCGAGCUGCCGUUUCCCCGAAGAUCAAUUGGCGUAAAUAUGGGUUAGACGUGGAGGAGUACCUGAUAGAAAACCACAGAGAGGCAUUAGGCGAGGAUUGUGGCUGGGCGUUCAAUGAUGAUGAUUGA